UAUAGCGUAGCACGUGUGGUUGUGCUGCAUUUUAAAUAUAGUUUUGCUCGAGUUUUUACGCAUCUUUCAAAAAAAGCAGAAAUUAAUAUGGUUAAAGUACAGAAGCCGCAGCCCAAGUCGCUGAACAAGAGCGCUAGCAUCGAGGGAGUGGUUAAGAAGAAGGGCAAACCGGAAAAGACCAAGAAACUCGCCACAGACGCUACUCUGGAGUUGGCCAGCAACAAAAAGGCAAAGAACGCGGCUCCGGUGAAAAAAGAUGCCAUCAAGAAGGAGACGGAGGUGUCCAAGAAGGGCGCCGAGAAGAAGCAGUCAAAAGCGGCCAAGCGGCCACUAAUUUUGGCUCCUCCUGAGUCGCCGGCUGCUCCCCCACCAGCGGCGAAGAAGUCUAAGGCAAAGUCUGCCGCUUCUGGCGCUUCGGACGGCAAAAAGAUCGAAGCCAAAAAACCUUUGAUUUUGGCUCCUCCAGAAUCCCCUGUGCCACCGAAAAAGCAAGUGAAAAAGACUAAAGCUGCUCCUGUGGAAGCCAAAAAAGAGCAAGCACCAGCAAAGAAGUCUGUGCAAGAUCCCGUACCUUCUAUAAAGAAGGUUCCUGCAGCUAAAAAGUCAGGACAAACUGCUGUACAAACGAAAAAGACUGCGAAACCCGAAAAACCCGGAAAACAAGCAGCACCAGCCAAACCAGCAAAGGCUCAGCCCGCUUCGCAGCUCCAAAAGAAGGCAAAGGCGGUGCAAAAGUUGUCUAAGCCUGCCAAUGCACCCAAAUCCAAGAAGCCCCUCGGCAAGUCCAAGCCUGGUCAGGCCAAAGACAACGCUGUCAACAAAGAGCCUGCCAAGUCUAAAAAACCAGUUGAGCUGACCUUCGAAUUGAAGUCCUUUGACGAGAAGCGGUUCCAUGAGAUCGUCAAUGAAAAUAAUGUGACGAAGGUGUGCGAGGCAUUGAAGUCUGUUGUCUCCAAGGAGGUGGAAAAGAAGAAGAACACCUCGAUCUUCUCUGAUUACCGCUACAUUCUGCAAGUUUGCAGCUACAAGAUCGCCAGCUGCCCAAAGCGCAUGGUCAAGUUGAAUCUGCAGCAUUCGUUGGUGGGCAAGGACGACGAUGUGGCUCUCAUCGUGCCAGAUUUGCAGCGUGGAGCCAAGUUUGACUAUGAUCCCACCAAGCAGCACUACGAGGAUAUGUUGCGAGAGGCCGGUGUAAAACAGCGCCUAACUAUCGUUCCAUUCAACCAGCUGCGCAACGAGAUGGGUUCCUUCGAGGCCAAGCGAAAGUUCCUCAACAGCUACGACUACCUGUUGUGCGACGGUCGGCUGUCAGGACAGGCUACUGCCUUUUUGGGCAAGAACACCCAGAAGCCCCGCAAUGUGCUCCACUCACUGCGUCUGAGCAAGGACAACGAUAAGCUGCCACAGGAGGUGACACGUGCCCUCACCCGCACUGCAUUCAGGCAGUUGUCCAAGGGCGAUCUAACUGCCGUUCCGGUGGGCAACCACGAGAUGACCGCCAAGCAGUUGGCUGAGAACAUUCUGCUGGUGAUCAAGCAGCUCCAGGAAGUCUAUCCGGGUGGACUGGCCAACAUUCGUUCGUUGUACCUAAAGAUUGAUAUUACGGGCACCAGUGCACUGCCACUAUAUGUCAGCAUGUGCGCACCACCUGAGGAUGUACCAUAUGUUGUGGGUCCUCGCGAGCAGCGCAUGCUCAAGCUUAAGAAGCAGGCCAAUGAGGUGCUGUCCAAAUUUGCCAUGACCAAGGAUGCGGAGUUCAUUAAGCUCACUAGCGACCAGGUCAAGCGCAAGGCCCAGUUGCGCAAGGAGAAGGCAGCAUUGCUGGCAGCUGAUGCCGCUCCAAAGGACAAUGAUGGCGAGGACACAGCAGUGCCCACGAAAAAAGCUCGCAAAGAUUCGGGCAGCGAAGGCGCAAAGGCCGAAUCCGAAUCCGAUGAGGAGGAGGAAGUUCAGGAGGCAGAGGACAGUGCCGGCGAAAGUGGCGAUGAGGAUGAGGAGGGAGAUGAUGGCGAUGAUACUGAUGAAGAUGACGAUGACGAUAAUGAAGAUGGUGAUGAUGACGAUGAGGACGAGGACGACGAUGAAGAAGACGACGACGAAGAGGAAGACUAUGAUGAUGAUGACGAUGAAGAGUAAUAUGCCAGUCUCAUUGCUCUUCGUUAAUUAUAGGGUAUUUCUAUAUAUGCAAACGAAUCUUGCUAUAAUUCCGUUUGCAAUUUUUACAACAGUUUUAAGUAAUAAACGAAUGUUUUAAGUAUGGAA